UUUUUAUGUCGUAUCGGGUUCGUGUGUACGCGUGUUUCAUUCAUACAGUGUUUUUAUUGAUCUUAUCCAGACGCCUUUCGCUUGUAUUGUUUCCAACGAACCAAAAUACCCUAUUGGUUAUAAAAUAAAAACUAUCGGACAAAUAUUGUCUUCGGAAAAUCACUAAGACUGUAGUGACUCAAAGAAGUGUAGUGACAAAAACUGUUCCGAUUGACGUAGUGAUGUGUCAACAUGUCGGUUAGAGCGCGGGUUUUGGUGCGGGCCGAACAGUAUGGAGAGAACUGUGAAGGGCAGGCCUAGGGUCAGGGCCGGCCGAUCUGUCAAUUUGAGGGACUGGCAGAAGCAGGGGGAGGUGCUGACCAAUUGGAACAAUGAGCUGUGCAGUGGUGAAUCUCUGCCCGAAGUAGAGAUCAUCAGUCUCCUGGAGGAGCAGAUUCCUCGUUACAAGUUGCGGGCCGACACUCUCACCAAAUUUGGCGGAUACGAGAACCAGGACUGGUUCAUACCCUCUCCAGCACUCCAAAUUGACGAAGCAGACUUGAAAUUAUCGCCGGAUCAGAUCCGUGAGACCCUCAACUAUUUUCUUCUAUGUAGUAACCGUGUAAGCCAAAUGACCAAAACCUACGAUGAUAUAGAAGCAGUCACCAGGCUUCUUGAAGAAAAAGAAAAAGACCUAGAACUAACAGCACGCAUCGGCAAAGAACUCCUACAGCACAACAACAAACUAGAGAACACAGUAACGUCACUGGAAAUCGACUUAAAAGCUGCUCACGAGAAAAUCACACAGUUCAGCCAUGAAAUCCAGAAGAAGACUGAACUUAUCCAGAUACUCACCAACGACAUGGAUGAGUCCGUGUUUGAUACUGGAACUUCGGGAAGGAUUAAUCUGGAUUUGAUGCAAAAAAGAAUAGCUAACCUACAAGAUGAAAACAAGGCCCUGAAGAACGAGUACUGCCGUUUAGCUUCUUGUGCCGACGACAUAGAAGCUCAGGAACAAAGAUUGUUGCAGGAUUUGACAGGACAACUGACCUGUGCAAACUCCAGCAUGGGAUACUUAGCAGACGAAUUGGACAGGGUGAAAGAAGAAAACAGGACACAACACGAACAGAUUUUGGCUUUACAAGCGCAACUACAGGACACUGAGGACAAAUUAACAAAGAUUUUAACGGAAAAUAUCGAAGUCAACGGCCUCCUUCAAAUAACCAAGGAAAACCAGGGCAGUCUAGCGGUGGAACUGUCCGAAUUCAAAGCAAGAUAUUACGAGGUGGAAGCCUUGCUCAGAGAUGCGCAGGACCAGAUCAGGAAGCUGCGCAAAAAGCAAAUGCCCGGCGCCAGACUUAGCCUGUUUUCUUCGCUCGGCGCCACUGGGAUCGGACAGUUUGACAGUCUCCAGAGCGAGUUGGAGAUGUCGAUGCAUUCGGAGGGUAGUCUGGAUUCUGGCAUAUCCAAUUCUACCGAUCUGCCUCAAUUCAAAAAAGUAUUCGAAACUGUCAGAUGUGCUUCCCAAAAUUCGCUCAGCAGCACGGAAAGCCUGGGCAGUCUGCAUUCUUCCAUGGGAGGUUACGUUAGCAGUUCCAGUGGUCAACAGGGUGGACCCAGGAUGACCGUGAGGUCGCAGGGUGGUAUGGGUUACAGAAGAUCGUCAUCCUCGAUUUACAGCAGUAGUUCCUUAGGAUAUCCCAGCAUUGACUCUACCGGUCAGUCAGAUAACGAUUCUAUGCCGACUACGGACUCUGAAGAAGGAUACCCUGGUCCUCCACGUAAGGGAAUACCAGGCGUUCCCGGAGCUACAGAGCUAGAAGCGGCCCUGCAAAGGCUCACCCCAGGCGCGGUCUUGGCCAGGAGAGCCAACCUCCAAACUGGCGCAGGCUAUGGGGGAUACGAGGGCGAGAACUAUUUACCUUUCGGUUGUCGCACGCCUGAUAGUCUUAUGUCAACGGGAUCGGGCAGUAACUACUAUGGAAGCACGUGGAAAUUGCCUGAGAAGCUGCAAAUCGUCAAGCCAAUGGAAGGGUCGCAGACGUUGCACCACUGGUCGCAGUUGGCUCAGCCUACGUUUGGUGGAUUACUGGAAGAAAGACCGGGAGUGAAAAUAAGAGGCGGCAAAGAACUGGAAGACAUGGGCCUGGAAUGUUACGGCCUCAGCGACCUGGAAGAGGACGAAGAAUACUCCAACCCUGGCAAACUCUUCGAUGCCUCCGCCCACACCUUUACUUACACCAAUAGCACGGUGAUGCACCCCGAUGACGGCACCUUCGUCACACCCAGCAACAGAGGUAGCAGGGUUGUAUCGGUCUGUAGCAGCAUACAGAACUCUCCCCCUCAAACGCCGGCGGCUUUGAGCAGGAGGAACUCCUGUAGCACGUUCUCUACUACGCUAGGGUUGGCCAAAAUGCUUAACGAGCGAGGCAUCAAAGCUGUCACCCCCUCGGCGCUGAGCACCCCCAGCGGCAUCAACAGCUUCACUCCGACGGCCACGCCCCACAACAGUCCCGAUCGCAGUCCGUGCAGCACGCGGGAAGGGUCCCCCGAGCCUCCGGAUGUUUUUAGUCUGCCCCAGCUGCUGCUCAGCUCCAUGCCCCAGUUCCUGAGGGACACUGUAGGCGGCGGUGGAGCCAGUAAAGCGGCCAAGAGACGAGCAAGGGCCGAAAAACAACGCGAGAGUUUGGUGGGUAAAAUCGAGAAAAUCGGAAUAGGCAACCUGAUGGCGGGUACAGGAGGGGCACUAUCCAUCCCUGGAGGAAUGUACGCUAGACCAGCCCUGACCAGUCCUAUGACGCAACUAACGUGUCUACUACCUAGUCACAGUAGCGAAAAUUUGACGAGUAUUAGCGAAAAACCAGCACCCAGCAUCGAAAAACUGACAUCACCAGUUACCAAACCAACCACGAACUUGGGAAUACCUGGCAAACCUGGUAGCGGUACCUUGAAUCGUAGAUUGGAUCAGCUGAACGCGAGGAAACAGAGAAGGCAAGGUGGUACGGGUCAGACUAGGCCUGAUUUGGGUACCGUCUCGACUAGACAGACUCCGGAACGCGAAACCAAGCCAGCUCAACCGCAGCAACAACAUACUUCAACGUUGGGUACGUUGAGUAGUCUGCUGUUUGGAAGAAAAGGAGGAUUGUUUUAAGAGAAAAAAAGUAAACCUUUGGGUUGUGAUAAAAAAUAAUGUCCUAUUGAAGCCAACUAGUCACACAAAGUACGGGAUUUAGAACAAAACUUACAACUCCUUCUUCUACUAGAAAAAUUAUUAGAAGACAUGCUUGAAGUUGUAACUUGUAUAUGUCCGUAUUUUUGGGACGUUUGAAGUACUUCUAGUCUUAUAAAAGAAAUGCAAGAGUUCCAUUGCUAAGUAUGGUUACACAGAAAACUGUUAUGAAAGUUAUUCAAAAGUUGUUAAAAAAUUCGUGUUUUUUUUAAUGAUAAAUUGUUUGGGAAUUUUAAUAUGUUACAAAAACUUUUGGACGACUUUUUGGAACCAUCCUGUAUAGCUUUGCUCUGCUAUUCGUUCUACAUAGGAAAAUAAUAGGAGUUGAGAUUAUGAUUCUUAAGGCUGGACAAAUGAGAUGAAUUUACUUAUAAAAAAAUAUGUAAGGUGUGAUCGAAAAAAACGGCGUCAUAGUAGGAGUUGAAGAAAAAUUUCACUUAAUCUGUCACGUUAAAUUACAAUGCAAAAAAUAUAUCUGGUUUCUAAGAACUAGAUAUUUGAAUAAACAUUUUCUUACUAUGCCUACCAUGACUUCUUUUUUUUUUCGAAAAAAACUGCGUCAUAGUAGGAGUUAAAGUAAAAUUUCACUUAAUCUGUCCCGUUAAAUUACAAUGUAAAAAAUAUAUCUGGUUUCUAAGAACUAGUUAUUUGAACAAACAUUUUCUCUCUAUGCCUACCAUGACUUCUUUUUUUUUUUUUCGAAAAAAACUGCGUCAUAGUAGGAGUUAAAGUAAAAUUUCACUUAAUCUGUCACGUUAAAUUACAAUGUAAAAAUAUCUGGUUUCUAAGAACUAGUUAUUUGAAUAAACAUUUUCUUACUAUGCCUACCAUGACUUCUUUUUUUUUU